AAUUUUAAAAUUAAUAUUUUGAAACAUUUGAAUGAGUUAUAACUCUUUAGAUGAUGACCAUAGAGAAUGUAUGUCUUACAAUCAAUAUUAUUAUUAAAAUAUUACCUCAAAGAAAACUACAAGGCUUUGAAGCAAGAGAUGGAGGACCAUGAUGAAAGUAGUGAUAUUCAGAGGAAUAAAAGAACAUACAAUGAUAAAGAAGAAGAAGAAAAUGAAGCAAUACCAGCGCCUGAGAAUUUUGAAUAUGUGUCAAAGGAUGCAACAACUGUUCAGUUAAAUUGGACACCACCUCAAAAAAUGGAUCCCAGUCUCUACAAAUUUCAAGUGAUUAUGUAUAAAAAUGAAGAGAAAACAGAAUCAGUCACUGUGAAAUCAAAUGAAAAAAACAUUUUAAUAGAAGAUCUUCUUCCUGCUACUGAAUACAAAGCUACAAUAAACGUGAUACUGAAUAAUGGCAAACAGAGUGAUCCAGCCGUUUUAAUCAUCCACACAAAGCCACUCCCACCUGAAAACAUACAGAUCAAAAAUGAUGCAACUUCAGUUUAUCUGAAAUGGACUGAUCCUAUUAUUGAUGACAACAUUCCUCACGGAUUCAGGGUGAUGUGGAGAAGUGAAUCCGAUGCAAUGGAAUCGUUCACAGAUGAGGCAGAGUUAAAUGUGUCAAGUUUAAGACCAGGAACUGAAUAUUCCUUUUCUGUCUGCACUAUAGUUGAGUUAAAUGGCACAAAAGUUGAGAGUACUCCAGUUAAAAUCACACACUGCACAGACAUAAAUAUGGAAUUUGUGUUAAGAGAACUGGGACUACAAAACCACUUGAAGAAUAAACUGACUUUACAGUCUGUGUUGGAAUUAAAGAAACCAUCAGAUGAGGACCAAACUGCACAUAGUCUCAGAUCUUUGCCAUGGCUUUUCCUCAGAAAGCUCAUGAUGGUCAAUUCAUCAGCCAGAAUUAUAAAAUGUGCCUCUAAAACAGCUAACUCUGGUAACUCAGGUGUCUAUGAAGAACAGAAAGGAAUCCAUCUGCUAGAUUUGAUCACAGCUCUGUUUCACUGUGCCGAUCCUUUCCUACAGCAAGAGAUGGCUCUAAAAAUGUCAAUGUGUCAGUUCUCUGUGCCUUUGCUGCUGCCAAACUGUGACACGAAGGAGUGCACUCUGAUGUUUUGGGCCUUGAGGGACAUAACUAAGCAGUUUAGAUCUUAUUCAUUGGAUGAGGACAGUUUGGAGGAAAACAGUAUUGUGUUAACUGAUUUGCCCCUGAUCUCUUUCGUCAGACUAGGAAAAAGCAGUGUGUCCAAAUCUGAGUUUCUAAACAAACUCCUCAGCAACAAUCAGCAUCAUCACGACACGUUUUUCCACAAGGAACUGGAAAAUGGGAACAUUUCAAGAAAGAUCUCUAAUGGUCUUGUUGAAAUGAGCUGGUAUCUCCCUGGGGGAAAGAAAGCUAUUGACAAAUUUAAAGAGCCAGUAGCUGUAGCUAAUCUCCGUGGGGAUAUUUCUGACUUUAAGGCCCAAUUCACCUUCUUGAGCCAAACAUCCUCUGCAGUUUUUCUGUUCUGUGAUGAUUUGGACUCAAAUCAGACAUUUCUGCAAUCGCUGCAAAUUAGAUCAAAAUUGGUUCUGAUUUGUACCACAGACAGUUCAACAUCAGAAGACAAUUUGACAACAAAGUUCAAACCAUACUCAAAAAUCCUUAGGGAUAGAAACAUGAAUGAUUUUAAGUUUGUUGAUAGACUACAGAAAGCUGUUGUUGAUAUACUUGCAGAUUCAACUAAAAUGAGUAUUGAAAAGAUGUCAAAGAUCGCACCAGAUCUGGGGAUUCUUGUCGAUGAAAACAAUCCCAUCUGUCAAAAUGCAAAGAAAAGGGCAGACCUGAUCACACAAGACAUCACAAAUAUACCAGAAUACAAAAUGAAGGAACUGUCAUUGCAAGAUCGAAUAUGGAAAGAGUUAUCCAAACUGGAGAAAGAGAUGUGUCGCCUCAAAGCAAAGAAACAAAACAUUGAGCACUACAAGAGUGAACUUAAAAGUCAAAUCCAAAAACUACGAAAGCAACAAGGAAGCAACGACAUGAGAGAAACAAUGUAUCAAUUCAUCUCUGGCCUGAGCUGCUCCCCAGAAGAGCAGUUAUAUUUUCUCAAAUGGCUGAAAAUAAAUUUAGAUCAUCUAACAACAAAGCACCAGUCAAGGCUUGAUGAGCAGUAUAGGGAAGUAUGUAAUAAUCCCAAAGAAGAUAAAGAUAAAGAUCUCAGAGAUCUGGAAAAUGAGAUUGCCAGCAGCUCUUUAGGAGUCCAACACUUCAUGAGAGAGUUGAGUCAACUCUAUGAAUCAACACACUCCCAAAAAAAUAAGAAGCACACUGCCCUGAAGAAGCUGCCAGAAAUAUGUGCUCAAUUGAUGCUGACUGGGUUUCCUCUAGAACUUAUUGAUGGAGACGCAUCAAACAUUCCAUUGACGUGGAUUAGAGAUGUGCUUACAGCACUUAACAAACUGACAGCACCUCACAACAGAAUACGAGUUGUUACAGUUUUAGGAGUUCAAAGCACUGGGAAGUCUACUCUCCUCAACACAAUGUUUGGAAUUCAGUUUGCUGUUAGCAGUGGAAGAUGCACAAGAGGCGCCUUCAUGCUUCUAAUAGGCGUAUCUGAGGAAUUCAGAUCAGAGCUUCAAUGUGACUAUAUCCUUGUGAUUGACACAGAGGGGUUAAAAUCUCCAGAGUUGGCGAAACUAGCUGAUAGUUAUGAGCAUGAUAAUGAACUUGCGACUGUGGUUGUUGGGCUUAGUGAUAUUACUAUUGUCAACAUUGCCAUGGAAAAUGCUACUGAAAUGAAAGGCACUUUGCAAAUUGUUGUCCAUGCCUUUCUCCGCAUGAAAGAGGUGGGGAAAAGGCCCUGUUGUCAUUUUGUGCAUCAAAACACUGCAGAUGUUGCUGUGUAUGAAAAGACCUUGAGAGAGAGAAAGAUUGUCUUGAAACAACUAGAUGAAAUGACACAAGCAGCUGCUAAAAUGGAGAAAAUUGACAACAAGAAGUUUACAGACAUUCUAGAGUACAACAUUGAUGAAAACAAUUGGUACAUACCUGGAUUGUGGCUUGGAGUUCCCCCAAUGGCACCUGUUAGUACCGGUUACAGUGAGGAGGUGAGUAAGUUGAAAGAUGGGUUACUUAACAUUUUUAAAGCAACAAAAGUCCCAGCACAGAAUUUCAUGGAAUUCGAAGAAUGGAUACAAAGUCUCUGGAAGGCUGUCCAGUUUGAAAACUUUAUUUUCAGUUUUCGCAACAGCCUCGUCGCUGAAGCCUACUCCAAACUUUGUGUUGAGUUUAACACUUGGGAAUGGGCCUUCAAGAAGCAUAUGAUUGGCUGGUACACAAAAUCUGAAACCAAAAUCAGUAACACAAGUGUAAUGUCAGUGCGGUCAAAAAACACACUUAAUAUUGACACAGUAGUGGCUGAUUUAAAACAUGAAGCUACUAAAGAGCUUGACAAAGAGGAGGAAAGACUUUUAGGUAAAAUACAGCAGUACUUUGAAAGCGAGGAUGAAAAUGUUCAUCUUGUCGAAAAUUACAAGGAGGACUUUGUAAAUAGUGCAAAGGGCCUUAGAAGGGAGACUGAAACAGAUCUACGAAACAAACUGGAGAAUGCUGCUUUGAUACAGAAGGGAAUUGAAAAGGUGGAACUUAUAAAGCAAAAUCAAAGGGAUACCAUGAAAGAAAAAGUGCUCAACUUGAUCAGUGUCUGCAGAAAUACAAAAAACAAGCUCUCUGAUAGUCAACUAAAUGAGGAAUUUAAAAAAAUGUGGGAUGACACUGUGAGGCAGUAUUCCCUCACAGCUCUACCAAGACAUGAUUUGGGGAAUGAAACAUACAGACUCUUACACAGUAACUUGGAAACUAAAGGUGGAGCCGUACGUGAGAUGCUAUCAAAUAUCACCAGUCUAGAUCAGUGUGGCACUGGACCUUUUUAUGCAACGACUAUAAAAAUGAAUAUGUUUAAAAAACUCAAGAAUUCCCUUCUGCCUAUACCAAGGAAUAAAAAACACAAACUCAUACAAAUGACAUGCGAAAGAAUAAUAAAUGAGAGCGAAAUGUUAAUUUUGUCUAAAACAAGGACAAAAUCAGACUAUGUUAGCGCUGACAUACAAGAACUGUUGUGCUUCAUUGAAAAAAAAUUAGAAAACUGCAAGGAUCCACAGAUAAGCCCUGAAAAUGCAGCAUCUCUCAAGAUCCACAUUUGCGGGAUUGCAGCAAGAGCUUUCCAGAAAAUGCAUGAUGACUACAUACAGAGAACUGACCCUUUGACAUCUCUUGAAAGGUUCAAGGAGCAAUGGUUAGCUGACUUUAAAGACCUCUACUACCAACGUGACCAGUGUCAGAACAAAGCAGAGAUGUGUGCCAUGCAAUGCUUUGCCCCUGCUGUGAUGGAAUACAUCCAGAAACGUCUUGGACAUGACAUUGUGGAGGAAAUGUUGACAGGAAAAACAGCUGUUGAUUUUAGCACACGGACAUAUUUCCAGUUUUCACUUUUAAAACAACUGCUUCAGGAUGAAGACUUCAACACUAUAUUCAAGUUUGUGAAAUACUAUAAGAAGUUUGUAACUGAGUGGAUUUCAGAGAAGAUCAUUGAACAUUUUUCAAAGGAUGAUGCUUUUCUCAAGUUAGAGAUGAAACAUUUGAACGCAAUUGUCAGCAAACUAGAAACAGCUAUUGAAAGUGAAAAAAGCAUGACAAACAACAGCAACAAUUUUGUGACCAAUGUCUUCAACUGCCUUGAUGAAGAGUUAGUGACACCAAUUGACAACCUUAAUGCAACUCUGGUUUUAAACAACUCGGACCCUGCUGAGUUUGCAGAUUGUCUUAAAUCAUCUAUAGACAAAAUGCAUCAGGCCUUAGAAGAUCAGCUACGGGGAGAAAGUGAAAUAAGGGAAAAGCUAGCCAAACUCUCAAUGAACAGACCUCAAGAGGUUAUCUUUAGAAGAGUAUUUGGCUGUGGAAAAAAGUGUCCAUUCUGCAAAGCACCUUGUGAAGCUGGAGGAAAAGAACAUAGUGAACAUUUUGCCUCAGUUCAUCGCCCACAGGGCAUUGGUAAACAUAAGUGGACUAGCACAAGAAAACUAGUCCCUGACAUAUGCUCUUCUCUUGUUGCUAGUAAAGGGGAUUUCCGAAAUAAAGACACAGGGUAUCAGUGGCAUCCAAAUAAGGAAUACAGACAGAUCUACCCAGACUGGAGGAUACAGCCUGACACUAGUAUUGAGGCCACUGACUUCUGGAAGUACAUCUUUGCUAAGUACAACACAAAAUUUGCUGAAAAAUACAAUGCUGAACCAGCAGACAUACCUCGUGAUUGGUAUAACAUCUCUGUACAUCAGGCAAAUAAAUGCUUGGAAGAUACAUUCUUAUUGAAAUCACAAAAAUAAAUAAAAUGGAUGAUAAAUAACAGAAAUAGAGGUGAACUGGUGAAGUACUCAAGUUACCGACCAGGCAAUUAAGUCUGAGUAAAGAAUCCUAGCUUACAGAGAUUUAAAACACUGUACAGCAUAUUCCUAUAGAUAACUAGUUUUUGCUGAAUGACAAUUGUGGUAGAUUUUCCCCUACGCACCUGACUUAAGUUUACCUGGGGCAUCUCUAGUUGACACCCAAGCAUCUACAGUCGACACCUAAUAAUAUUUAUUUUCUAGCACUGCGUCUACAAAAACUGCGCAGCAAAAACCCAGACAGACUCCAGACAUUUCCUUCGAAUAUAUGUUAAUCAUAGCCAGAGGACCUCGUAUCAAUCACAGAGAAUCCCACCAGCUAAAAGAAUGCCAUUGUUUAUAUAGGAUAAGAGCAUGGCAAAGCAUUCUACAAUAUAUUAUGUCAAACUCUUCUGUUACUAGGUAAAAGCAACAUUUGCCCAUGGGUAUAUUAGUUUGUUAGUCUCGCAUAGCUAGACAUUCAGACUGACAGCAGAAAGUCUGGACUCCAUCGCAGAUGUUUGACUGACAUGUAAUGCAACCAAUCACAGUUCAUUUGGUUCUGAGUCAUGUUUAGGGGCUUGAAAAUGUCCUACAAUAACAGACCGGCAUGCAUCUAAUAAAUUAUUCAGUCAAGAACAUUGUGCAAGUUGCGAACUUCACAUACUUUUGAAAAUCCAGCUUUUAGUUGAUGCUGAUAAGCGCUUAUUCUCACAGUUGUAAACACGAAGGCGUUCUUCUUCUCCAAGGGGGUUUGGCAUCACGGCAUUUGUUUUCAGACGAACCGUUAAAGAAUGCAACAUGCAUGUCUCCCGGACAUCCUGUAGAAUUCAACCAACCAGAUGAUGACUUUGAAACUCCUGAAGUGUUUCCAGAUAAGUGUUCCAUAUACAUCAGAUGUUCAGCCAACGGUCCUUGGGUGUGACGUCUGAGGCUAAGACUAGUUUGUUGAUUACUCUGUAAUGGGGCUAUUAUAUUUAGAUAGUUGUCUAGUAUGUCCCUAAGUUAUAUUUUUCUUUUGUUAUAUUUGGACACACUGACUUAGGCCCAAGGUUUGGGGACAUUUAGGUUUCAAAAGCGUAUAAAUGUUAUUCCUGCAAGAAAAAUAAAUGUUAGUUUUGAUUAAUUGAAAAUUCCAUCAUACAGUCAAUCAUUUUUUGUACAUUGCCAUCUACUAAAUAAAUUACUUAACCACAAUACUGGUUA